AUGUCGGAUCUUUCUGAUUUGGGUAUAUUCCCAGAUCAAAUAAUUUCUGAAAUUCUGACCCGUUUACCCGCCAAAUCAAUAUGCCGUUUCAAAUCCGUUUCGAAAGGCUGGUAUUCGAUGAUCAGCAACCCACAUUUCAUCUCCUCCUACAUUUCCAAGUCUUCUCUUUCAUGGGCAAUCUUUGACCGAUUCAUCCCUUUCAACCCCGAGUCAGAACCCGAGUUAGCUGCUUCUGAGUUCAUCCUUCAAUGGCAGAAACCUCCAAAUGUGAGUAUUUUCUCUGUUAAUCCUCAUAAAAUAGUUGAUAAAUCAACUGAGUCUCUUAUCGAAGGUCAUGAAUUUCCUGCAACUUUGUUAGCUUCUAGUAAUGGGUUUCUCCUAUUUUCUAUCAAGAUUGAGAGGGACCCAUUUAAGGAAAAAACUGCAACUUCUUUCUAUUGGAUUAAUGAAGAAGAUAGUUUGUUUGUGGUUAAUCCGAUUACUCGUGAAUGGGUUUCGAUUCCGAAACCGCCUCAUUACAUAAAUAGGCAGUCUUCUGUUGGUUUUAUUACAGAGGUUAAAUUAUCUGGGGUUUUAGAGAGGUUUAUAAUUGCUGAGUAUCAGCCGGUUAUUGGGUCUAAGAUCGCUAGUAUAAUGUGUUUCUCAUCUGAAACUGGUAAAUGGGAACAAAUUUCUGCUAAUUAUAUGCUUGGUAUGCUUAUGUGGAAGGGUUUUGGAGCAGUUGAGUAUGAUGGGCAUUUAGUUUGGGUUGAUCCGACACUUGGGAUUAUAGUUUGGGAUGAACCAUUUAGUGGACAGAAGGAGGUGCAUUGUCGAUUUAUCGCCUUUCAUAGAGAGUCUGUAGGUUCGGGGGGUGAUGACCGGUUUGUCGACGUUGGUGGUGGGCAUAUUCAAUUUAUAGAGUUAUCGAAGAAGGAAAAGAAUGAGCUUAGUUUGUGGAGGUUACAGGACUAUGAAGGUGGGAAAUGGAGUUUGGUGCAUAAGCUCUCUUUAAUGGAUGUUUGGUCAGAUGAGAGUUAUUUGGCUUAUGGACUUGAAAAAGUAAUGCCUUUCCCCUAUCUGAUGCACCCUUUCGAGGCUGAUAUUGCUUACUUCAUGGUGGGAGAUCGUCUUUUUUCCUUGAAUUUUGGUACCAAGAAGGUGGAGAGUUGUAAUGGUGGUAACUCUGGCUUGAGUAGAUACAUCUAUUUUAUCGUAGUCAAGCUGCCGAGUUUUCCAUUAUCGUUUUCUCCGAGCUUGAGUAAGUAA